AUGGCGUUCAUUGUUUCCGCCGCCGCAAGUCUCUACAAACUCAUCGCACUUCUGACGCCGGUCAAGCUGGUGAUUGUCGGCCUGAAGCCUUCAUCAGGACAUGGUCCCGACGUCAUCGCGAGGACGACGACAUCUCGUCUCCGUCGCGCCUCGAAGAUGCUAUUGCCUGGUGCUCAAGCAUUGUACCUGGGGUCGGCACAGCAGCCGAGCGGACCAGCAAGAUUGCCAUCGCCCUCACGCAUCGACAGUUUUCGCAGAUUUCUUCAUCAACGAGGGCAUACAUCCGCCGUCCAGUGUGUCCCAGCAAUAACAGCGAGCACAAACUCUCGCAAGAGCAACAUCGUCGACGAUACGGUCGCACCACCUCUCACUACACCCCCUGAGUGGAGCGCUCCCGAGGGUACGAAGGCCGCGAAGGGCGAUUACCCCGACCGCAUCGUCGUCAUCAUGAACGUUCCCGUCGUCGGGGACGCUAAGGGCACGAUCGACGAGUACUGCCCGCGGCCUUCUGCAGCGGGAGCUCCGAGUUGA